CAAGGCCCAGUUGACUCCGAUCUUCAUCAUCUUCUUAGCAACUUCAUCAUCAUCAUAGCCUCCAUUACCAUCAUCUUUGCCCAGCUUCUUUCAAAUCUACUCUCCCUGAUUUCUUGAGUUUUAUUUUAUUUAAUUUUAUUUUUCUUGAUUUGCCAGAAAUCUACUACAGCCCCAACAUUCAUCAUCAUCACUGAACGGCCAUAGAAGUUUGGCGAGAAGGGAGAAGAGGAAAGAUUUUCUAUUUUGGGAGCGGCGGUUGAAGGAAAAUUAUCGAGCUUCGAGUUUCAGAGGAGUCACCGGAGGGUUCACAUUUUCUGGGUUUUAUUCUUUUAGGUAAUUUUCUAAACAGAGGAUUUUUAGGGGAGGUAGUGAAAGAGGUGGUGGGAGCUUGGUCCCGUGGGUGGGAUCCCUCCCAUUAAAUCCAAAUCUAUUUUCUUCUAAAAAAAUCCACCAUGCUUGCUUUCGUCAUUUUCUAUUGAUUUUCCUUGUGUUUUUCUUUUUUAGUUUGGAUGUUUAAGCUUGAUGGUGAGUCAAUAAUGGAGAUGAUAUGGAGGCUGACUAGGAUGCCAUCUGAGAAGAAUGAGGAAGGUCCUUUUGGCGACACUUGUUUAAUGUUCAAAGGGGCUACGUGCCAUGAGCCAUCUCAUUCUACUUAGCAAUGAUGGUUAGCAACAAAUUCUCCAACAAAGUCUAUAAGUAUAAAUUUUACAACCAAGC